CCGAGUUUCGCGAAUGUGAGCGAAGGUCGGCGAUCCCAAAUGUCUUUCUUGUGCGGAGUCUUGUUCGCGGUAACCACAGCCUUCUCCCUGAACGUCCUCUAUCACGACUUGUUUGUCUCCGAGUCGGGGGCUGUUGCUCUCCUUGGUUCCCUCUACCGGGCCGCUGGAAACGGAGCAGCUCCCAAGGACCCCCGGAGUCCGGAUUUUAUAAGCCCACCCGAGUUCAGGAUCCAUCACCCCUUCACGGCAUUGCUCCCUGCAAAGCAGGCGUGUGAAAUCCAGUUCGAAGUACCACAAGAAGAAACAACGGAAAAUGAUGUAGAACCUCUUGCAGAUACUCGUCUAACUGUCAUAGAAACAGGUCUAGCAGUCAUCCAGACUGAUCAAUCUGUCAUAGAGAUUGGACAAUCCUUCGUGCAAAUUGUGGAAAUAGAGUCAGAUUUGGAUGAAGAAAGCCAAGAGAUUGCAAUCGUAAGUGAUGAUCUGCCAGGAGAAAUGUUACAAACAUGUCCAGCAAAGGAUGCUGCAUCAAGCAAAACAAAGGUUGAAGAAGCAAUUCAAAAUCCUAUCAGCCAAGUCAUCAGCCUGGGGGAAGAUAAAAAUACUUCUGCAACAAAUGAAUCUGACACACCAACAGAGAAAGAGAUCCACAAAGAUCAUCCAGCAGAGGACCCAGUACAACAGCACCUACAAAACCACCUAGAACGUGAUGUCUUCAUACUAAUGGCAACUCAUUUAACACUUGUCAUCUCUGUUCUAGUGUUGGGUUGCAGGUGUUUAUACGCCCACAAGUAUAACAUGCAGGGCACUGUUGAUGUGGAAGAAUUGCUAGUGACUGUAGGUUUAAUUAGUUGUAUAGUUGUUUCACUUUUUGCAUUGCUAGGGGCUACCAUAAUUUUAUUCAUCCGCAUACUGCUAGCAAAGUUCCCAUAGCUGGAGUUCACCUUU